GGCUGAGCGGCCGGGACCUUGAGCGUGUCCAGGCCAGCUUCGGAGCCAACGGGGAGCGGGGAGCAAGGGGGACGCAACACGAAGAAAGCGAGUGCGCCAGAGCGGGGCAGAGGGGCUAGAGAAGCCGCACAGAGCUUCCGUGCACAGCCGCCUGUUGGUCUCUCUCGGCCCAUACAGGCCCCCGGGAACGCGCGUCCAGACACCUGGUCCAGCCAUCUCCGCGGACUGCGCGGAGCGCAGCGAGGCCCGGGGCGGCCCCGCAGGGACCCUCAGACCGACCGGGCCGCCCGGAUGUGCACUAAAAUGGAACAGCCCUUCUACCACGACGACUCAUACGCAGCGGCCGGAUACGGCCGGACCCCGGGCGGCCUCUCUCUACACGACUACAAACUCCUGAAACCCAGCCUGGCGCUCAACCUGGCCGACCCCUACCGAAAUCUUAAAGCACCCGGAGCGCGGGGCCCCGGCCCAGAGGGCAGCAGUGGCGGCAGCUACUUUUCCAGCCAGGGCUCGGACACCGGCGCGUCGCUCAAGCUCGCCUCAUCGGAGCUGGAGCGCCUGAUCGUCCCCAACAGCAACGGCGUGAUCACGACGACGCCCACGCCCCCGGGACAGUACUUUUACCCCCGCGGGGGUGGCAGUGGUGGAGGUGCGGGGGGCGCAGGGGGCGGCGUCACCGAGGAGCAGGAAGGCUUCGCCGACGGCUUUGUAAAAGCCCUGGACGACCUGCACAAGAUGAACCACGUGACGCCCCCCAACGUGUCCCUGGGCGCCAGCGGGGGGCCCCCGGCCGGGCCCGGGGGCGUAUAUGCCGGCCCGGAGCCGCCUCCCGUCUACACCAACCUCAACAGCUAUUCUCCAGCCUCUGCGACCUCCGGAGGAGCCGGGGCCACCGUCGGGACUGGGAGCUCGUACCCGACGGCCACCAUCAGCUACCUCCCACACGCGCCGCCCUUCGCCGGCGGUCACCCAGCGCAGCUGGGCCUGGGCCGCGGCGCCUCCACCUUCAAGGAGGAACCGCAGACCGUGCCUGAGGCGCGCAGCCGCGACGCCACGCCGCCGGUGUCCCCCAUCAACAUGGAAGACCAGGAGCGCAUCAAAGUAGAGCGCAAGCGGCUGCGGAACCGGCUGGCGGCCACCAAGUGCCGGAAGCGGAAGCUGGAGCGCAUCGCGCGCCUGGAGGACAAGGUGAAGACACUCAAGGCCGAGAACGCGGGGCUGUCCAGCACUGCCGGCCUCCUCCGCGAGCAGGUGGCCCAGCUCAAACAGAAGGUCAUGACCCACGUCAGCAACGGCUGCCAGCUACUGCUUGGGGUCAAGGGACACGCCUUCUGAGUGCCCUCCUAUCCCCCGUACGGACAUUUUCCCAACCUGGACGGCUGGGCGCACGCCUCCCAUGGGGCGAGGGGGCAGGCGGUGGGCACCGGCCCCGGGGCCUGGGGGCGCCACAAACCACACUGGACUCCUGCCCGCCCGCUCUGCGGCCAGUCCUUCCACCUCAACGUUUACAAGCCCCCCUUCCACGUUUUUUUUUUUUUUGUAUUUUUUUUCUGCUGAACUCAAUUCAUAUUGAAUAUAAUAUAUUUGUGUAUUUAACAGGGAGGGGAGGAGGGGGCGAUUGCGGCGGAGCUGGCCCCGCCGACCGGUACUCAAGCCCUCGGAGAUACUGGGGAGGGGACCCCCGCCCCCUGCCCUCCCCCCCUCUGCACCGUACUGUGGGGAAGAAACGCGCAGUCGGUAUCUAAAGAAUUUAUUUUAAGAUGUGUUUGUGUGUGUAUGUGUGUUCUUACUUUUUAUUG